CGGGAGCGGUGGCGGGCGGUGAGUCGGAGGGGUGGGCGCGCUGGAUGUGGAUCCCAGGGCUCCCGGAUCGAUCUCAGGCUACUCUCUUUCGUUUACUUCUCGGUCUACUUCAGGCCGCGGACCCGACCUCUCACCCCUGACCCGUCGCUUCUCCCCCAGAGGGCGGUCACCGCAGACCCCGAUCUCUCGAUCCCGCGUGUCGGAGUCCGAGCCUAAGAGGCCUCUGAGGCCCCUGCAGGGAUACUGUUUGGGCCCUGCACCCGCCCGCGGAAUGGGAUCGGGGUCCUACCUGGGAUAGCCUGGAGGGGCUUUCGGACCCCUCCCCUACCCCCGGCUCGAGGCUUAGUUCGCACACUCCUCUUCCCCGCGCGGCUUGGGAGUUUGAUUCCGGCCCAAGCUGGCCUUCCCCUCCUCUCCCUCUCCUCCCCCUCCCCCCCCCCCAGGUCUCCCCUCGCCUCCACUGGCGGCGGUUACGGGGGACGGGGCUCUGAGAUCUCUGGAGAGGCGUCAGGAGGGGACGCGAGCGAGGACCUCAGGCCCCCUGCGUGUUUUGUUGUGAUGCUGGAUCCGCUCCAGCCCGGAGGAGGGGCCCGGCCAAGCUGACAGUACAGAUGCCCGGGCUGCUCCUCGGUCCGGGAAUCUCUGUCCUUUAGUUCCGGGUGCGGGUGUCCUGGUGUGGAGCUGGGGUGGGAAUCGCCUGAGCCAGGGCUCCGUCGAGGCGGAGUUGGCGGCCUUCCAGCUUCCCUCCUCCAUGCCCUUGAAAAGGAGGAGCGUUUCACCCGAUGGUGGCGGCUUGCAAGGUGGCAGGUUUGAGGUUGCAGCGGUGGGGCAGCGUCAGCCAAAAAUAACCAUGGGGCGCUGGGGUGGCUGGAAUCCGGGAGGGCAGCCACUGACCUGGCUGGCUGCUCUUCUUGUCAGCCCAGUUCUCUGGCCAGGACCAGCAAAUGAGAAGACGACUAGGCCCGUGCUCAGAGAAAAGCUGGCAUCCUCCGCCUGGUUUCCUUCACCUUACCUUUUUCUUCAUUGUGCAGAGGCAGAGCCUUCCAGAGCAUAUCUUAACAACUUGUUUUCUGAGGUCUCAGAGAAUCAGAGAUAAUUGAUGAGAAAUGGGCCCUAGAGCCCUAGCUGGGAAGAUAAUGAGGAGCAUCUGGUAUUCCCAAUAUUUCACUUGCCUAGAAUGUGUUAAAGGAGAAGUUAUAUCCUCUAUGAUUGCUUUGUGUGUGAUGUCUCAUAUAGCUUUCAUACUUAUCAUCUCCUUUGCCAAGUUGGCUGGGGGGUCGUGUCAUCUCCAUUUUCCAGGUAUGGUAACCAAGGCCCAGUGUAUAAGGUCACGAGGCCAGUAAGGCAGCACUGGGAUUUCGUUCAGGGUUUUCUACCCGGAUCUCUCUCUUCUCUGGUCCCUUGGAAGGGACUUAAAAAUGUCCUUAAUACCCUUAGGGCAUUUAACACAGACCCCGAGUUGUUUCCUGGAAACUUUUUUUUUUUUUUGCGAUACACAGGCUUCUCACCGUUGUGGCCUCUCCCGUUGUGGAGCACAGGCUCCGGACACGCAGGCUCAGUGGCCAUGGCUCACGGGCCCAGCCACUCCACGGCAUGUGGGAUCUUCCCGGACUGGGGCACGAACCCGUGUCCCCUGCAUCGGCAGGCGGACUCUCAACCACUGCGCCACCAGGGAAGCCCCCUGGAACCUUUUUAAUGUUGCUGAUGUAAAGCUGCCUUCAGUACCUCUUGUGGGCCCAGACCUGUGCUAGGCCUUUGACCUAAAGGCAUGUACUAGGCAUGUUACUUAAAGGAGUGAUAUAAUUUAAUCUGCACAGAGUCCUGUAAGAGAUUAUUAUCCCCUUGUUGCAAAAGGAAGUUGAAGGUUAGACUUGUUUAAUAACUUGCCUAAAGGCACAAGCUAGAAGUGGCAGUGCCAGGAUUCAGAUUGACAUCUGAAGCUGUGCUCUUUCCACUUGCAUGAGCAUAUAUAAGAAUCUUCUGGGUCCCAGGAGAGAGUCUUUGGCCUGCUGUAGACUAGACCAUGUCUUCCAGGUCUGGUGCUUUGCCCAGUGAGGAUGGGCAGGGUCUUUGUCCUGGCCAUUGGAACAUCUUCCUUGUCACUUAUUGAGAUGUGAGAUACUGCCUUCAUUCCAUCGCUUAGGCACCUGACCCAGCCAUAAUUGCAGGGAAACAGUGAAAUAUUAGUCAAAACAGAACAGCUCUUGAGGAGCUGUUACAGAGUAUUUAUCUCCAAGGGUUGCUGUGGCCUGGGCUUCCAGGUAGAGGGCAGAAGACAGCUGCUAGCAGGGAGAUUGAGGGCAGCGACUUUCUCAGGAUUGCAGACAAGCUCCCAGGGGUUUUGUCAGCUAUGCCUCACUGACCUGCUCAUUUAAGGAGAGCCAUUCCAUUCUGUUCUCCUCCAGACAGACCCUUAUAAGAUGAGACAGCCUCAGUGGAUUUGUCCAAAAUGUGCUUGAUCAGGCAAGCCCAAGACUGACCACCAUUGGUUGGCUAUGGCCAAGUGAAAGGUUGGGAGGAAGGCUGGCUACGGUCUCUGGCCCAGCCCUUCUGUGGAGGCAGUGUCAGGGUUUGGGGUUUGGGUGGAACAGGGAGCUGGCCUCACAUAGCCAUCUUUCUCAGCUGAUGGCUGAUCCAACCUGGCAAUUUUCUGUGGUGGGUGUAAGUCCCUACUGAACCAGGAAUAGUGAGAUGGAGCCCUUUUGGCCUGCCUCCCCGAGCCCAAAGCCUGCCAGACAGCCAGGCUUCUGACUUCUCCUGAGAUGGGCACAGAAGAGGAUACUGGAGCAGGGAAUCUAGAAGAGGGCACAGUGAUGGUACUGUUGGAGAUGCAUCACUGUAAGCGAUACCGCUCCCCUGAGCCAGACCCGUACCUGAGCUACCGAUGGAAGAGGAGGAGGUCUUACAGUCGGGAGCAUGAAGGGAGACUGCGAUACCCCUCUCGAAGGGAGCCUCCGCCCCGGAGAUCUCGGUCUAGAAGCCAUGACCGCCUGCCCUACCAGAGGAGAUACCGGGAGCACCGUGACAGUGACACGUACCGGUGUGAAGAGCGGAGCCCAUCCUUUGGAGAGGACUACUAUGGAUCUUCACGUUGCCAUCAUCGUCGGCGGUCACGGGAAAGGGAGCCAUACCGGACCCGCAAGCAUGCCCACCACUGCCACAAACGCCGCACCAGGUCUUGUAGCAGCGCCUCCUCGAGAAGCCAACAGAGCAGUAAGCGCAGCAGCCGGAGUGUGGAAGAUGACAAGGAGGGCCACCUGGUGUGCCGGAUCGGCGAUUGGCUCCAAGAGCGAUAUGAGAUCGUGGGGAACCUGGGUGAAGGCACCUUUGGCAAGGUGGUGGAGUGCUUGGACCAUGCCAGAGGGAAGUCUCAGGUUGCCCUGAAGAUCAUCCGCAACGUGGGCAAGUACCGGGAGGCCGCCCGGCUAGAAAUCAAUGUUCUCAAAAAAAUCAAGGAGAAGGACAAAGAGAACAAGUUCCUGUGCGUCUUGAUGUCUGACUGGUUCAACUUCCAUGGUCACAUGUGCAUCGCCUUUGAGCUCCUGGGCAAGAACACCUUUGAGUUCCUAAAGGAGAAUAACUUCCAGCCUUACCCUCUACCACAUGUCCGGCACAUGGCCUACCAGCUCUGCCACGCCCUUAGGUUUCUACAUGAGAACCAACUGACCCACACAGACUUGAAGCCAGAGAACAUCCUGUUUGUGAAUUCUGAGUUUGAAACUCUCUACAAUGAGCACAAGAGCUGUGAGGAGAAGUCGGUGAAGAACACCAGCAUCCGAGUGGCUGACUUUGGCAGUGCUACCUUUGACCACGAGCAUCACACGACCAUUGUGGCCACCCGUCACUAUCGCCCGCCUGAGGUGAUCCUGGAGCUAGGCUGGGCACAGCCCUGCGACGUCUGGAGCAUUGGCUGCAUUCUCUUUGAGUACUACCGGGGCUUCACACUCUUCCAGACGCACGAAAACCGAGAGCAUUUGGUGAUGAUGGAGAAGAUCCUAGGGCCCAUCCCAUCACACAUGAUCCACCGUACCAGGAAGCAGAAAUAUUUUUACAAAGGGGGCCUGGUUUGGGAUGAGAACAGCUCUGACGGCCGGUAUGUGAAGGAGAACUGCAAACCUCUUAAGAGUUAUAUGCUCCAAGACUCUCCGGAGCACGUGCAGCUGUUUGACCUGAUGAGACGGAUGUUAGAAUUUGACCCUGCCCAGCGCAUCACAUUGGCGGAGGCCCUGCUGCAUCCCUUCUUUGCUGGUCUGACCCCUGAGGAGCGGUCUUUACACACCAGCCGCAACCCAAGCAGAUGACAGGUGCAGGCCACCACACUGGGAGAUGGAGAGCAGAACUGGGCUGCCCGGCCCCUUUUCUCCAAGCUCUACCACCGGCCCCAGGGCCAGAGCCACCCAAUGAACAGUGCAAUGUGAAGGAAGGCAGGAGCCUACAGGGGAGGAGACUUGAUGCCCAGCUGCCAGAAAGCACAGAUUUGACCCAAGCUAUUUAUAUGUUGUAAAGUUAUAAUAAAGUGUUUCUUACUGUUUGUACCCCCUGGUACCAGUGUGUCCAUCUCCAGGCUCCUUGCCUUCUCCCUUCCCCACCUUAUUAAUAAAGUCUUUCUUAGCAGUUCAGCU